AUGUUCCUUGAAAUAUUGGCUCAAACUCAUUUAUUAGAACAUUCACCAUCUACUAAUAUCCUUCAGCUAUUACCACUUCAAUCAAAGGCAGAAGUGUUAACAACUAUUUUUAGAGAACUACUUGAUAAUAAAGAAAACUCACAGGCUAUGGUUAAAGCCAAACCCCAUUUACUUUUUUUCUAUGAAUUAAUUGGUUCAUGUUUCUCUUUGCCGUUAUCACAUUCAAUAUUAACUCAACGUGGGUUAGAUAUUUAUAAAAAUUGGAUUAAUGAAAAAGAAUUUAGACCAAAACCAGUAGAUGAUGAUUUUAAUGGAUUCUUAAUUAUCAUUAUAAAACAAAUGUCACAAUUCUUUGAAAAUGAACCAACAACAAUGAUGGAACAAGAAGAUAUGAGAAAUUCUCUUUCUGUUCAAAUAUUAUUAUUUAUAAGACAAAUUUAUGUUACUUAUCAUGACUCUUUCUCACCAGAAGUUAAUGACACUAUUGUAAGAGUAUUAAUUGGUAUUUGUAAAAAAUAUUUUGAACAUUUAAAACUCCCAGAAAAUUCUAAUGAAUUUCAUGCUGAAGUUGAAUUAUCACUUUAUAUCCUUCAUGAAAGUUGGAUGCUUUCAGAAGAAAUGAAUAUGGAUUUAUGGGAAGUUAUUUGGAGAGAUUAUUCUACAUGGUCAAAUGAAGUUGAAACGAUAUCUCAAUGGUAUGGUCUUCAACAAUCAUUAACAGAAACUGUAUUAAAUAAUAUUGGAAAGAAUUUAGAUACAGUAGAAUUUGAAGUUCAAUGGUUACCUUGGCAUAAUGAACAUGUAUUAGAGAAAUUUAUUAUGAACUUAUCAACUAAAUAUAUUAAUUACGCUUUCAUUAGAUUCUCUAGAUUUGUUGGUAAUUGUAUUACUAAAUCACAAAAAAUUGCUUUACACGCUACUCAUGCAAAUAAACUUCUUAUUGAAACUUUUUAUGAUUAUCCUGCUGAAGUAUGUGAUGGAAAUAUUGUAUUAAAAAUUUAUGGUGAUUUCUUAUUCCAAACAAUGGUAAUUAAUAGAGAAAAAUAUGAUGAUACCGUUAAUAUGGCUUGUGACACUAUAUUAAAAUUAUUUGUUAAUUUUGCUCCUAGAACUACUUUUAAAACAGAAUAUGUAUCUAACCUUUAUGCUGGAUUAAUUAGUAUUUUAGAUACCCCUAAUCCUGUUUCUGUUACUAUAUUAUCAUAUCCAUUAAUUCUUGACUUACCACUUCCUGGUGUUGAAAUGUUAUACCCACAUUAUAUUAGAUACAUUUAUGAAGUUGUUACUAAAGUAAAUCCUCAACCUUUAUUAAGAGCAAAUUUAUAUCAGAUACUUGCUAAAAUAAUUCCUAGAAUGACAUUUUAUGCAUCAAGACCACUUCCAAUUGUAACUACUGAAAUUUUUAAAGAUUAUAAUCAAAUGGUUAAUAUGGUAGAAGAAAUAUUAUCUAAACAAUUAAGAGAUGAAAAUGAUUUACAACUUGUUAUUGAUUUAUUUGAAGUAUCAAGAAUUUAUCUUUCUGAAAUAAAAUCAAUUUCAUUUACUGAAUUAUUAUUAUCAUUAUUAACUAGACAAUUCUCACAAUGGACUAAUUCUACUACUUUAAUUAAAAUUCCACAAAUUGGAUCAGCAUUUUAUAAAUUAUACCAAACCUCUGCUUCAUUAAAUUUAAAGAAUAAUAAAUAUCUUGUUAACCUUUCUGAUACUUUAAUGAAAUGUUAUUGUAAUUUAAUUACAGAAGCUAAUUUCCAAAUUAGCAAAGUAGGUGCAUUUGUUAUUGAUAUGAAUCUUUUGUUAAGAUAUAUUUUUGGACUUAUUGGAUAUGUUCCAACAGUAUCAUUUGGUAAUUAUUCACGUGUUAUUGAUCGUUUAAAUAUUUUAUCUAAUGAAGCAAGUCAUGAAGUCUCUGAUAGUAUUACAAUGUUUAAUAAAAAUAUUACAAUUAAUAAAGUUAAUACUAUUCUUUAUAGUCAUUCUCCAAUUUGUGAAUUAUCUAUUGGUAUAAGCGCACCUGAAUUACUUCAGUAUCACUCUAUUUUUGUUUCUAGUGAAAGUUCUCUUGUUACAUUAAUUGAUCUUCCAGCAUUUUUCUUACAACCAGAAUUACCAAUGCUUAUGAUUAUUAGAACUUCACAUUGUCAAACUGUUUGUGGUGUUCAAUUAAUGCCACCUGUUCCACUUCCAGAUAUUCCAGAACAACAAGAUGUUACUGGUAAAGAAAUAACAUUUGAAGUAAGUAAUAAUGGAUAUUACAAAUUUAAAGGAAUUGAAGGUAUUUCCAAAAUUACUGAUGUUAAACCUUAUAGUGAAAAAGCUCAACAACUUAUUAAUUCACUUAAAUCAAUUAAAAGUGAUUUAAUUCCAAUUGACCCUUAUCAAGAUAUGCCAACAAUUGAUAUUAAUACUACAACAUUCCCAACACCUCUUUCUACUUAUACUGUAGCUAAACUAUGUUGUGCUUUAAAUGUUUUCCCAAAUACAACAACAUUAAAACAAGUACCAUUUUCACAAGAUUUUAUUUCUAAGACAUUAGUAGAAUUAGAUAGAAUUGCUACUAGACCACAAUAUAUUGUUUCAUUAGUUAAUAUUAAAGAUGAACAAAUUGUUGAUAAUACAAAAGAAUUUGAAUGGUUUGUACAACGUUUAGGAUGGAUUGUUAAAGUAGCUGAUGGAUCAUAUAACUUAUUCCCAGAAUCAAUCAUGGACCUUAAACAAGACAUUGUUGCAUUACCAAUGGUAAGUACUCCAACAGAACAAAUUAUUUUCUGUCCAAAUUCUAGAAUAAAGAAAUUAGAAACUCAACAAAAAUUAUGGAAAUUGUCUGAUGUUAUUAUUUUAUGGGGAAAUUGUUCUGAAAAUACUCAACAAUGGGCUAUGGAUUCAAUUGUUCAAGGUAAACAAUUUAUUGUUAUUGAACCACUUCCAGAUGGUAGAUAUGCUAUUUAUAAUGAAGACAUUCUUGGUAUCGACUAUGUUGUUCUAAGUGCUGAAGGUUUAAUUACUUUUGUUACUGGAACUAUUCGUUCUAUUAUUCAACACUCAGAAACAACUUAUUCUAAUGCAUCAAGAAGACAAGGAAUUAUUAGUCAUGUAUAUAAUACAAUGGCAUCACCAUUAACUCCAGUUAAUUUUGUUUUUGAUGCUAAUACAUGUAAACUUCCUCCAGCACCUGUAAUGAGUUUUGGACCAUCUGAUUUUAAAAUACAAAAUGGAUGUAAGAGUAAAGCAGUAAUGGCAUGUUUGAAUCGAACAUUUGAAAACAAUCAAUCAAACCAAUAA